GUUUAUCAGAUUUUUUUUCCCUUUUUUUUAUUUAAGAAAAAAAAAAUUAAUAAUAAUAUGGACAUUCCCAAAUUACUUUUGGAAUGGUUUAGUUCAGACAAGACAGAAGUUGAUCCUUCUUUACUAGCUUAUAUAUUACUUUAUUUAACGAAAAAUGAGUUGAAUUUUGCUGACUUUAUAGAUUAUUUAGUUUCAUUUUGGGAAAAAGGAGAUGCAACGUAUAAAAAGAAAUGCGUAGAGAUUUUAGCACAAGUUGUUAUACCAAGUCAAUCCUCACUUGAUUCCCCUACAAUUAAUGCUUUAGUUCGAUUUAUAUGUGAACGUUUAAAUGAAUCUACACUCACUUCUCGUUGUAUAGAUAUAUUAUCUGUACUAAUGAACUCUAAUAAUAUAUCUAGUACAGACGUUGUUCAAAUUUGUGAUGCGAUAUUUACACACAUCAAUACGAAAAAAUUACAACAACAAAGUAGAUAUAAAGUAUUGGCUAUACUUGAAAAGACAUUAGAGAAAUAUGCAUCAGAGACUCAAAGAUCUAAAAUUAAUUUUAUUGGUGGAUUUAUAAAUUGCAUGGAUGGGGAAAAGGAUCCAAGGAACUUGAUGAUUGCAUUUGAACUCGUUCGAGUUAUCAUUGACCGGUUCGAUAUUUCUCGACAUGUUGAAGAUUUAUUUGAUAUUGUAUUCUGUUAUUUCCCGAUCAGUUUUUCACCACCCCCUAAUGAUCCGUUUGGGAUUACGACAAGGGACCUCAAGGAGAGUUUAAGACGAUGUCUAGCAGCCACACCUUAUUUUGCCUAUUAUGCUACACCAUUGUUAAUUGAGAAACUAUUGACGACGACAGGGAGUGCUAAAGAGGAUGCGAUGGAGACAAUUCGAUUAUGUGCACCUGCAUAUGGCGCACAUGCUAUCUUACCUCAUGUACAAGACUUGUUUGAUGCUCUAGUAGGGGAAGUCUAUCGAGAGGCAGAUGCAUCGAUGGUUCAUGUUGCACUUGAAACGAUUCAUAGUGUUGUGGCUACGUUAGGUACGGGUAUCAGUAUUGCUAACAUUCGUAAUCCCGUCGAGAAGGCGAUAGAAUCUUUAUUACACAAAUGUGUAGAAGAAUUAAAGGAACCUGAAUUGAAGAGGGCGAGAUCAGCGGCCUCUAUCUUGAGAGCCACUGCUUCUGCUUCAGAUCCAGCAUGUACAUCUGUUACUUAUACAACGAUACCUAUUCUAUGUGAACAAUACAAGACAACAGACCCUAUUCGUCGACGUGUAGCUAUUCUUGAUAUUUUAACAGAAUUAUUAAUGGCUAGUAAACAACUUUAUGGUUCAGUAGAAGAUAUUGGUUAUGAUCGUGAUUUCCAAACACCUUUAUUCAUGUUUAAACAACCUAUAUUACACGUCUUUACAUUACCUUUUACAAGUUCAACUGAUAUUGUAUUACAUCAAGCAAGUCUUCGAGGUAUUCAUGAAAUGGUUUUAAUGAAGCAAUUCUUAAAAGAAGAAGAAAUUAAAUUGAUAGUUGAUUAUCUUACUCAACAACUCAUGUGUAAAGAUAAACAAGUUAGACACUAUGUAUUAUCUACAUUUGGUGUUAUAUCCAAGUUAUGCCCUACAGUGGUUGGUCAACAUACGAUUCCUAUCGUCUUGAAAGAAUUGGCCAGUUCUGAUAAUCCAGUCAUAAAGGAAACAUAUCAUGAUACGUUAGAAGUGAUUCAAUACUUGGGUGUUUAUCCUGCUUUAUUCAAAAUUAUCAUGUAUCCCCUUUUAGAAAAAAUAGAUUAUGCAUGUAUGAAGAUAGGGAAAGAAAAUGUAAACUAUGUACAUGAUCUUGUUACUGUUUUACUUUCCAUUUAUAAAGUAGCUUCUAAAGAUUGUGAAAUUGUAUCUAUUGGACAAAAAUCAUUACUACCAGAAAUUAUAAAGAAAUCUGUACAAUCCACUUUGAGACCUGGAUAUUGGUAUUUAGAUAAUGUAUUAGUUGAUUCAUUUGCCAUGAUUGCUGCCAUUACGACGCGUUUAACUUCAAUAAGUGAACAACAAGCGUCUGUUCAUGAUGCAAUUCAAUUAUUUAUUCAAGGUGACUUUUCUAUGAUAGAUCAAAGGAAUCAUUCAAUCACUAUUUUUAAUAACGGCAGCUCAGACCAGAAUCCAUACAACGUUGAUAUUACAUUGUUAUUCACUGCUAUUAUUGGAAACUGUAAUAGUAAAGCUAUACAGUUACCGUUAUCAACAAUGAGUUUAUUCGAAUUUUUAGAAAAAAUAAUAUCAACAGCGAUUCAGACUUCUACACAUGAAUCCAAAAGAUUAGCUUUAUCAAAACUAGCAGCUUCUAUUAUUAAUAAAUGGAUGAAUAAUGACAUUGAAGAAUGUGUCAAAAAGAUAUGUUCAAAGACUUUGUUAUAUACUCUUCAUAAUUCUAAAGAGGAGAAAGAGAAAAAAAUAAGUUUUACAGUACUUGUAUGGGUUAUUAAAGCUUUAAUUAUCCGAGGACAUAAAUAUGGAUUUGAAUUAUUAGAUUCAGUUAUAGAACAAUGCGGUACAGUUGAUUUAGGAAAAGAAGCUGCAAUUAGUUUCAAGACUUUAUUACAAGAAGAAGAAUUAAUAUUAAAUAAACCAUCUCAUUCCAACAUUUCUAUUUUAUAUAAACAAAGAGUCUUUCAUCGUUGUUUUAAACAGCUAAGACAAGGUUCUGAGAUCAUAGAUAUUUGUAGACCAGAAUUACAAGUCAAUUACCUUUUAGCUCUUUUCCAUGUUUUACAAAAUAUUCCAAGUCAAAUAGCUAUCAAUGAGAUUUCAAAACUUAUGCUGCCGAUCAUUGUUGCCCUUUCAUCACAUGAUAGUCAGCUUAUAGAAAUCACAUUGAAUGUAGUACAUACGUUAAUACCAAAUUCACAAGAACUUGUUGUACAACAUCUUGGUUCAUUUAUUCAUGCACUUUUAAGACUAAGUCGAUCUCAAUCAUCUGUUCAAACUAGAAUACAUGCUUUAGACUGUCUAAGUUGUUUAGCUGCAAAAGGAAAGCCAGAGAUUUUAUCUCCUUUUAAACCUUCUGUUGUUAAAGAAUUAUCUCUUGUUUUAGAUGAUAAAAAACGAAUUGUUAGAAAAAAUGCAGUUGAUUGUAGAGAAAGAUGGUACACAAUUGGAAAAUAAUAAAUAACUUGAUUUGUAAUAAUAAUAAUAACAAUGAUCUUCACUGUUUAAAUGAUAUCAUCUGUAAAAAAAAAAUAAAUAAGUUAGGUUAAUAAAUGGAGAAAGGAGAUUGAAUUCUUCUAUUUUUAAGAGUUUA